UCGUUCGACAAAUGCGUCGAAAUUCACCGAAACAUCAUCCAGCAGCCAUCAAACAAAUGCUGAUCUCUUGGUCCCUCAGGGUUCUAGUUUCUGCGGCGUCGCGGCACAGUGGCGCCCAGCGGGCGCCGACGCACUCUCCCACCACAUCUUGACGCCCCCGAGGAGUCGGUCGGUCAGUUCCCCUUCUCCCUUCCUCCCUCUUGCCGCCAACCCGUAAACCUUCCUCCCCUCCUUCCUCCACGCGAGUUUCUUCCUCAUACCCAUGGGCACCCCGACGACGGGCUCAGGCUCUAGUUCUACUCUCCUCUUCCCCUUCCUUAGAGAAUCCCGAACCGAUCCCCCACCACAUACGGGAUACCCGAGCUCACUCGAAAGCUUCAGAACUAGCCUGGCCAGCCUGCGCCUCGCGGCUUGCUCGACGCUGGUUAGGGUACGUCACGCAGUGAAGUAUGUGCUUCGGAGUGUAGAAAAUGGCUGCGUUGCCCGCUGCCUCGGUAGAUUGGCGGUGUAAAUACGGCCUGUGGAUCGGCCUAGGAGUUCUAAUAGCGAGGACAACCGGUGCUCUCGGCUUAACUUGUUAUUGCGAGGGACACUGUCCUAAUAAUCGUCAAAAUGGAACGUGCGAAGGACGACCUGGUGGACACUGUUUUAGUGCAGUUGAAGAAGUAUGGGACUCAGAAGCAAAGGAAUAUGUUCCUGAAUGGUCUUUUGGGUGUUUACCUCCAGAGGAAGGGGGAUUUAUGCAGUGCAAGGGAUACCUGGUGCCUCAUAUGAUGGGAAAAAGCAUAAUGUGCUGCAAUAACACUGCCCUUUGUAACAAAGAACUUUUUCCAAUGUACAAAAUACGGCCUACUGUACCUCCAGAUCCAAUUGCUAUAGCAUCUGGUGCACCAUUGAUCGCCUUAGCUGGGUCUUUGUCAGUUUGCUUGAUGAUCUUACUGAUCGCUGUUCUAAUCAUGUACCGUCGAUACAGACGAAAAGAACGUGGUCCCUGCUUAGUACCGUCACAGGGAACCCUCAAAGACCUGAUCGAUCAAAGCAGUGGUUCAGGAUCUGGAUUACCUUUAUUAGUACAAAGGACUAUUGCCAAGCAAUUGGCACUGUCUCAAUGUGUCGGUAGAGGAAGAUAUGGAGAAGUAUGGCUCGCAAGAUGGAGAGGAGAAAAAGUUGCAGUCAAAGUAUUUUUCACUUUAGAGGAAGCGUCGUGGUUUAGAGAAACAGAAAUUUAUCAAACCGUUCUUAUGAGACAUGACAACAUACUUGGAUUCAUUGCUGCAGAUAUUAAGGGAACAGGCUCCUGGACACAGAUGUUGCUAAUCACUGAUUAUCAUGAGAGAGGCUCGCUACACGAUUAUUUGCAAACUACAGUUCUAGAUCAUCCUAGUUUACUUGCAAUCUGUUUAUCCAUUGCUUCCGGUAUAGCGCAUUUGCAUACUGAGAUUUUUGGUACACGAGGAAAGCCAGCGAUUGCUCAUAGAGACAUAAAGAGUAGAAACAUCCUGGUGAAGAGAAACGGGGAAUGCGCAAUUGCAGACUUUGGUCUUGCUGUAAGAUUCAUAAGCGAAAGCGGAGAGAUCGAUAUAGCACCCAACACGCGUGUAGGAACCCGCAGAUAUAUGGCUCCCGAGGUUUUAGAGGAGACCUUAAACACGUCUUCGUUUGAUUCUUUCAAAAUGGCUGACAUGUAUUCGGUCGGUCUUGUUCUUUGGGAAGUGUGCAGGAGGUGUGCUACUGGCGGAAAGGUUUCUACGGCUGAGCCUUAUGCCUUGCCUUACCAUGACGCUGUGCCCAGCGAUCCUGACUUUGAAGACAUGAGAUUAGCUGUUUCAGUUAAAAAGAGGCGUCCAGUUAUACCAACGAGAUGGGAAAAUGAUUCCGUUCUGCUUGCCCUGAGUAAAGUGAUGACAGAAUGCUGGCAUCGGAAUCCUGCAGUUCGACUUACAGCACUAAGAGUGAAAAAAUCUAUUUCAAAACUACACAUCGACAAUGCCAUAAAAAUAGUGUAGUGUUUGAAAAAAUGUUACACCCAAACUGUUGGUUUUUCCCUAGUUCAAAAUCCCUUGUAAAUAUGCCCUGGUGUAUAUAGAAUCGAUGACAGACUGCAGCCUUAAGACUGAUCGUACUGAAAAUUAUAGAUAUUUGACGACGGAUGGAUGCGUGUGAGUCGGUAUGAUUACUGAGCGAAUAAUUACAAUAUUAAUUAUAGAUAUGACAAUGUUAUGAUUUGUUCAAGCCGAGUUGUGUUGAAAUUACAAUUGUAAGUAAUAUAAUGAAUUUAACACAUCUCGUAACAUUACGAUUUGUUAAAGUUAAAAAUGAAAGGGCUACUUCGGUUUGGAAUUGAUCGUGGCGCAUUUUCAAAACAGAUACAUGGCUGUGAUCAAUUCCCAAUACUGUCAAGCAUGAAGGUAAAGUUCUCAAUCAAAACCAGCAUUAUGAAAUUUACUGCAUCAACUAAUCAGUACUUUAAAAAAAUUCUUGUAAUAAAUUUACCGGGGUAUUGAUAUAUUGUGUCAAGUUAUUGUAAAUAAUAGUCUACUGAAUAUUGAAGAAUAUCUCGAAUAAAAUAAUGACAUCUCGUGGAAAUUAUACAACUCCACCAAUGAUGAAUAUUGUGUUUCUCAAUUUUUUUCUUCGGAGAUGGAUUAAUCUUCAUGCUUCUAGCUCAAACUUACAUCGAGUGGUUUUAGUAAUCUACGACCACAUUUUUUUCUAAUAUGAAUUCAUUAAAAUGCUGGCUUUGAUCUUAAAUAACUCAGAUUGAAUAUUUUAUUGUUAAUUACUUAGGAUUCUUUAUGGGAUAAAUAAACAUUAAUCCAUCAUGAAAUUUUUACAGUUGCAAGAGCUACAGUUUUAUAUAGUUAAGCAUAGACAUAGUAUUCGGCUACUAAAUCGUAAAAUAUUUACAGCAUCACAUUUCAGAUUGUAAUUUGUACAAAUGGAAUGAUAUUGAAAUUACAGUUAAUGUAAAAAAGUUGUUUCCAAUUACCUAUCGUAUCAAAAUGAUUUUAGGCAAAUGAUCAUUCGCCUAGAACUGCAUCCGAUGACAAAAUAAAUUUGUUGUUUCAAAAUCAG